UGCUGAGAGCUGUUGAGAGGAAAAACGCCGCGUUUAUUUAUUGGUCAUUAUUUAUUUAAACGAUGACCAAGAGUAAAAAACAGCUUCGCGAACAACAGGCGGCCAGAGAAGCAGCCCAGGCGAACACAGCUCAACUGGAAACGCACAACGAUGCCUAUACGAGUGGAGCGUUCAGUUACCUGCGCUUCUUAGUUCACCUGCUGGCAGCGGCUCAAUUCUGUUAUGGCAUUUACUACUAUUUACUGAAAGUUCAUUGGCCCAAAGGUCUGCACGAGGAGGAAGAGCUCAAGACACGCUGGGGUGGAAAAUUCAAGUAUCUAACAUUCCUCGAUGUCGUACUGCAGGCGGUAUACCACACCGUGGCACUAUUGAACGAUCUGGUUGGGGACAACACGGUUACAGUGGCUCCAAAGUCCUUUUUGCGUCAGUGCAGAGAUUACUUAUUUGCCACGUUUGCAUUUCCAAUCGCUCACAAUGUUGCCGUCUCCUUCUGGAUCAUUUAUUUAUGGGACCGUGAGCUCAUCUUUCCCGCAGAACUUGACGCAAUCUUUCCCAGUUGGCUGAAUCACGUUGUUCAUACAAAUGUUGCCCUUUUGGCUAUCAUGGAUCUGUUUACUUGUUUCCGCUGCUUCCCCAGUCGAUUGGCCGGCGUCACUGGAAAUGCGUCGUUCAUGAUUCUCUACAUCAUUUGGGUGCACAUAGUACGUUACUUUAGCGGUGUGUGGGUUUAUCCCCUAUUGGAGGUGUUGUCAAUGCCACUGCGCUUUGUGAUGUUUGGGGGAAUGGUAGGAUUGAGUUUAUUAUGCUAUCUCUUAGGGGAAUUCAUAAAUAAUAUUGUGUGGGCACCGGAAUUUAAGCUGCUGCAGCAGAAGAAGACCAAACAGGGUUAAACACACGUCAGUUACAUACUACUGACUCCAUUAAAGGAAAAACAAAGAAGAGAUUUUGUUCGUCGGGUUCGUUUUGCCCAAAGAGGCUGCUUGUACAUAUAUUAUGCUCAAUUAUAUGUACAUCAGGCGAUUAAUUUAAGUAAAAAGUAGUACAUUUUUUAUGUGCUUUAAUUCCCUUGUA